UUGAAGCUAUUGGCAGUCUUAUUCACUGCCUAUUUUUGGACUGAGUUUUGUGGGGUUAUACCAGUCCUGAUUAUUUUCAGUAGUGAUAGCUUUGUAAAUCGUCGGGUUAAUCUUUUGUAACCCUAUUUGGAAAUAUCGAUAUUGUUUAUAGCUUCAACAAAUCUCAAGAUUUCACAGACAUAGGAGUUUGAUUAUCUCAAGAUUUCACAGACAUAGGAGUUUGGUCAUUUUCGGGGCAGUGGAGUUUUAGUUUGGGCAUAUCUGGGACAGUGGAGUUUUAAUUUCAUAAUUUGAGAGAGAGCGAAGUUUCAUUUGAUGAUUUCGAAUAUAAAACGGUGAUUUAGUAAACAAAAUGUCUUCGUUAUAGGCAACAUUACCAUUGUGUGUUUGGGCCUAUUUAUGAGAAUAAAUCUAAACGUUUGUCAAUUCAGGAUAAACCAGUUAAAUUCACCUUCGAUUUACAAUACCAGUAUUGUCAACUUGAGCCAGGAGUUAGUAGCCUAUACUAACUAUCGUUCGUGAUUUACGUAUUACAUAGCACAUUUAGUUUAUUGUCUACCUCAAUAGCUGUGAUUUAAAGAACGGUUGAUUUUUGUUCCGUGCCAAUUUUAAACCGACAAGAUUAGCUGUUUUGUGACGAGUUUUUAGUAGAUUUAUUUAACCAAAGUUCAACUGAGACCGAUUGAUUUUAUGAUUGAUGUGAAUGGGGGUUCACCAAUACUUGUAUUAUCUGUGAUUAGUCAAUGUGUAGUGAUUUAUGUUUACAAAGUGUCAAUACCAUGAGAAGUUCAGGAUUUUACUUGUUUAUUUUCCUGUUUUUCAUCUCUAUAAUUAAUAGAUCACAAUGUCUAGAGAAUAUCACAUCAGAAAGAGAUUUGUUACUUUAUCUACUGGAUACAAGACGAUAUGAUUCUAGUAUGAGACCAGAUACUGAUACAGGUAAUGCCACCCAAGUACAGGUAGAUUUGGUCUUAAAUUCUAUUGGACCUGUUAAUGAUAUGGACAUGGAGAUCAGUGCUAGCGUGUACCUCAGACAACAAUGGAUGGACAAACGACUAGCUCAUAAUGUUUUCAAUCGAAGUAUUGUUAUCAGUUACAAACAUUUAGAUGAAUUGUGGGUACCGGAUCUUUUCUUCCCCCAGUCGAAAACAGAGCGACGCCAUGUGUUAACCACGCCCAAUAUUUUGAUACGACUGGAGACUGAUGGUUCUAUAUUAUAUAGCCAAAGGUUAUCAGUUACUUUACAAUGUUUUAUGGAAUUACAUAACUUUCCUUUGGAUUAUCAAAAGUGUGCUAUAGAGAUGGAAAGUUACAGUUACUCUACUGAUCAACUGUAUUUUAUCUGGUCAUUAGACCGAGGUUCUCUAAAUGUACAAGACAACGCCUUUAUUCCGGAUUUCACCAUAAUAGAUGUUACAUCAAACGAUUGUACAUCAACAUACGCAACAGGAUCAUUUACCUGUCUAAAGGCUGAAGUGGCAUUAAAAAGAGAAAUAGGAUUUUAUAUAACUCAGACAUACAUACCCAGUAUAUUGAUAGUUAUCUUAUCAUGGGCUUCAUUUUGGAUUGAUCACGAGGCAGUUCCCGCCAGAAUAUCAGUUGGUUUAUUGACAGUUCUUACCAUAACAACACAAAGUUCAGGUGCACGUUCUCAGUUACCAAGGGUACCAUAUAUAAAGAGUAUUGACGUAUGGAUGGCCGUCUGCCUAGUUUUUGUUUUUGGCGCCUAUAUGGAAUAUGCUGUUGUUACAGUUUUAAGCAGAAGACACAGAAAAGCUGCAGACAAGAGAAGUAAAUCUGAAGUUUCAUUAAAUGGUGUUGUUAUAAAGAAUGGAACGAGUGACAUUUCCAGUAAUACUACAGAUAAAACAAACGAGGUGGCACACCCUGGUAGAACUGUUGAUAAACGUUCCAGAAUCCUUUUUCCUCUCGCAUUUCUAAUAUUUAAUUUGGUUUACUGGAUCUAUUAUAUACACGGACCUAAAUAAUUACAUUAUCAGGUUCAUCCAUUUUAUUUACAAUAUAUCGGAUAAUCAAAGAUGUCCAAUCAACAUAUUGACCAGGGGCCGGUUGCUCAAAACUCGGUUCUUUUAACGAUACGUUAAACUCUAACGGAUCGUUAUUUUGUUAACGUGUCGUUUGUUAAAGGUCCGUUAAAUUUCUAUUGCUGGAAAGUCAAUUUCAUUAUCCGUUAGCUAACGGACUGAUUAAACUUAAUCCAUUUGAAGACUGUUUGAUCAUUGGCUGAAUUUUUAAUGUACGCUCGUACACGUAUAAAUUCUUCAUAGAAGUUAUUAUUAACAAGAAACUGAAGAAAGUGGGACAACCGUGCAGUUUGUUCACAAAACUUGAUUAAAGACAAAAAGAAAACUGUAGAAUUUGCUCGAGAAAACACUAUCUGAUCUAUAGAAUAGUAUAGUAUUUUCCAAUAGAAAUUUUAGCAUAAAUCUGUAGGAAAUAUUAUAGGAUCUGCACUGCACUGUAGUAUAUUUGGGUCGUUUUUCCUGCAGGCUCUCAAAAUUCUUUAGGAUACUAUAGAAUUUCAUCCUAUAAAAAUGUGAUACCCCCCCCCCCCCAACCCUCUAGAGAAUGUUCAAUAUAAUUCUAUAGAACACUACACUGGUAAUCUACAGGAGUUUUUGCUAAUUGUAUACUUCAACUGACCGUCAGUCUACUAAUGCCAUCGUUAAACAGAUAACGGUGCCCAACACCUUCGUUAAAUUUAACGGCAAGUUAACGACAUGUUAAAGUUAAUGAGGCUUCCAGUAACAGACUUUCUCUCCGUUAAAGAAAACGAUCCGUUAACUUCAUGUUAAAUAUAACAGCAAGCUAACGGGGCAUCCAGCAACCAACUUUCUGUCCGUUAAAGAUAACGAUCCGUUAACUCCAUGUUAACGAGUCGUUAUAAGCUAACGGGGCUUUGAACAACCGGCCCCAGAUAUUUAUGAUAUAUAAGAUGAGGAACACAGGUCAUGUCUGUAUGCGGACCAAGUUGGUUUUUCUUCCAAAUCCCAAAUUUAAUCUGUAUAGAAGUUGGUAAAGUGUUCAGGUUUAAAUCUCGUCUCCAUUAACCCAGUCGAAGCAGUAGGGCGUUAAACCCCAUUUUAUUUCUCGGUUUAAAUUGCAGUAAAAAGUUGCCCAUCUUGAAGUUCUAAACCGUAACGCUUUACUGGCAAGUGAACAGUUAAUACUGAGAAGUAUAUGCUGACCAAAUAUUGACCGAACAUAAAUAAAGGCGUCAGUCUUUAAAUAUCCGAUUAUAUAUCAGCGAAUAAAAUAAAUUUAAAUUUAACUAACUGGAGCGUCAAAUUUUUAAUGUGCAUUAUUUAGUUUUUAUUUUGGUGCUAUGAGCGACGUUUUCUGGAUGUUCAGAAAACGAUAAUUUACUCAAAUUUCUGUAUUCCUCCGAUAAAUUCCAGUCCUUUCCGAUGUGUGCAAUAAAGCCCACUUCCGAGCAAAUUUGUAAACGUUCUAUGAGAGUGAAUGGUUAGAAGAAAUGCCGUGUAUUUGCAUUACUGCUUUACACUUUGCUUGAAAUAAGUUAGGCAUCAGCCUUCUUUUGAAGUAAAGAUAAGGCUAUAUGAAUUUCAUGUUCCCAGGCGGAAAAGGGUCGAACUACGCUUACUUCCGCUACUGGUACGCUACAGCUAUAACUACAUAUGAUCUAAAUUCAAUCUGGGCACCUGCUUCAAAGAAAAAUGCCAAUGCAAUAGAACAUUAAAAAUUAAAACGAAACCUCAUAAUUUAAUCAGAAAAAAAACAACACAGUUUACAUGGAAAACAAUCACUUGUUUAUACACAUAUAGCACGACGUUUCAACAAGUAUUCUCUUAUCGUUUUCCGGUACAAUUUUUUUUUAAUAAUAUGUACUUUAAAACGAUAACAGAAGAACUUGUUGAAACGUUGUGCUAUAUGUGUAUAAACCAGUGAUUGUUUCCCAUAUAAAUUGUGUUGUGUUUUUUAAUGUGCUCAUUUGCUAAAUGCCACUCAAUGAAUAGAUUUUAAUCACAGAUUGGUAUUGAAUGUGUGUGUGUGAUUUAUAGCCUUUAAUAAUUAUUGAAAAUAUAGGCAGGGCUGGAUUAACCAUUAAACAAAAUAAGCACGUGCUCAGGGUAUCAUGGGAAUUAGGGCACAACAAAAUGUCUGCUUUGUUACAUGCCAAAAUUUAAAUGUUAAAUUUAAAAAAUAUUUAAGAACUUUUAAUUCGUCUUUCAUUGUUUUUGUUUUUUCUUAGUGUUACCUUUUUUUGUCGUAAUUUAAUCCGGCCCUGCAUAUUGACUACUCUGUUUGAUUUUACACAUCUACAAGUGUAAGAUAAGAAAAACAUUAUUUUUUCUUAUAUUUACAUUUCAUAAUCAUUAAUUUCGGGUACAACGUGAGUAUUUAAUAAUGGAGCUAUUAUUUUUUCAAUGCAUAUUUUCAUCCUUUGUGAUGAUGCAUUUAAUCAGCACGCGAACAAUAUAAUAUUUUUUUACACAUGUGUUAAGAUAUGUUAUUUUUGUAUGUUUAUAUUGAUAUUGAGUGUAUAUAUUUUAACAGUUUGUGGACCAUACUGUUUGCAUUUAAUAAGUUUGUCAUUUGUUAAUAAUUGUGUAAGAUUAUAUGGGCUUUUUUUGUUUAUACACGUGUAUCACGAUAUGCCUACAUCAACAUAUUUUGUAAGAUCGCUUAAUGUUUUGUUUUGUUUGAAUAUAAACAACUAU